GCUGCACUAUGCAUCCAAAGUUCUAUUUAUUUUGUAAUUUCCCUGAAAUGCUAUUUCCUCAAUAAAAUUAAUCCAUUUGAAGAAUUAAUUGAGUGAACAGGUAAAGUUGCUCGGGUGCCAAACGAUCAAACAUGGAAUUCCGAAAUAUAGCUUCUACAGAGGCACACUUUUUGGACAAAGAUACACAAGAGGUCAUGAGUAAAUACCAACCAGUUUUUAUGGAGUAUUCAAUUUUAGCUGAAUACAAUGCUCUGAGAGACCAAUCCAAAAUUUUGCAAGAUGUAUAUGUGAUGCCUUCUUCAAAAGAUCCUUUGCAUUGGUUUGGCCUUAUCUUUCUGAGAAGUGGUUGCUACGCAGGAGCAGUAUUUCGCUUUAACAUUUUUAUAGGCAAAAAUUUUCCCCAAACUGACAUUCCUAAUAUUGUUUUUGCGCCCCCAAUAUUCCACCCUAAAGUGGACCCUGUUUCAGGUUACAUGGAGACCCGAUCGUCCUUCGGAAAGUGGCAAGUUGGUGUCCACCAUGUAUGGCACUUGCUACUGUACAUAAAGAAAUCUUUACUUGUGAUUGAUAAUCGCGAUUCAGUGAACCAAGUCGCCGCUGAUUUGUUCACGCACGAUCGGUCCGAGUUUCAGGCGAGAGCUACCGAAUGCAUUAUGGAAUGCAAAGAACGUCUAAAUGAUUCCAAUCAAUACUCAAGUGAUCCACAUUAUUUGAGAUUUUCGCCAUAUAAUCCCAACAUUCAUGGAACUUUCCGCAAAGCUGUUCUUGCGAAUGCCAAAUCAAGUGGCUCAACCACUGCGGGGAAAUCCCUUUCUUGGGUAAAACCCGGCUCGCUGCAACCCUGUUCUAGUCAGGAUUGACGGCUUUAUUUUUGUGUUUGCCAGUUCUCUCGAGAGGUUAUACUAGGCACGCGGAUGGGCAUACGACAUUGACUAUUUGUCCUCCACACAUAAACGAACAACGCCAGUUUAUGCCCAUCUUGUUCCUCGCCUACACAUGGCGCCUACAUACUUCAAGAUCUUGAUAACUAAGCUAAGUUACGCAUUAUGAAUGCCUUUACAUCCCUCAUUUCCUGCAAAGCCAAGAAAUAAAUGAGUAUUUGUUACUA